ACCAUUUUGGUGGUCAUAGGAGCUCUCUACUUCUCCCACCACCGUAGAUACAGAGUGGGAUUCAGUACCAUCCUCUUGGUACUGAGAUCAACGUACUGGGAGUAUGUGCGCUCCAAGAUCCCACGAGCUUUCGUCGCACGCCUGGCACUGCCGGCCCCACCGAGGCCCGACGUCGAGAGCUCCGGCCGAGUGGAGGUGGAGCUGGGAGCCGCACCGACGCCUGACAUCAAUGAGGCGCCAGUCACGAUAGAAAGUUUGGCUCGGGAGGUGGCCAACUUGAGGGAGCUGUACCUGAGCUUGAGGGAGGAGGUAGCCAGGAUUAGGGAUCUCGUUUCCAUCCCCGGUACGGAGCUACCAUCGACCUCCGCGCCUCGUCCACGCCCUCGCCCUCGCCUUACGACCGUGUCGGAGAUUGAAGAAGUGCCCGAGUGACUCUUCCUUCCAGAUGGGGAGUUAAAGCUGAAUGGUGAUUGAUUGGGAAACAAAACAUGGAGAAAAGACUUGGUUUGUAGGGCUCGAGGAAAGUCAAUCUUAGGGAACUCUAGUAAUUGAAGAUUGCCCUUAGGCUAGGCAAAGCUUUCAACUUGGAUUCUGGAGCUAGUUGCCUGCCUGUACAUUUUUUGGUUGAAACAUGUAGGAGUUUAUGUAGUGUCAACUUGCCCUGUACUCCUGCAUUAACAUGUUGGCCAUUUCCAG